AUGAAAUUUUGCCUUGCUAUUGCCUCCUUUGCAGCAUCGGCCUCGGCCUUUGCUCCUUCUCCGCAGAACAGCCAGAACAGCCGGACACAAACCAGUCUGAACAACGACCUCUGGGGACAGCCUCCUUCGGACGGUAAGGAGAAAUCCAAAGCUCUUCCAUUCGCCAACCGACCCAAGCUACUCGACGGAAGUAUGCCUGGAGACGUCGGCUUUGACCCGUUUGGUUUCGCCGGCGCCGAUAAAGCUAGCCUCAUGUAUAUGCGCGAGGCUGAAAUCAAGCAUUGCCGUUUGGCCAUGUUGGCCGUCGCCGGAUGGGUCUUUGCUGAGCUGUUUGAUAAGCCUAUUGCCGAUGCCGUCGGUCUUCCAACGGCCCUUACAAAGUCGGGAGCAAGUCCUUCAAUUCUAAAUGGAGGCCUGGAGAAAAUUGAUAUCGCUUAUUGGCUGGCCGUUGUCACGCUUGCAGGGAUUGUCGAAAUUGAGAAUUCCAAGGUUAAGGAAGACAAGGGAAAGGACUACAUUCUUGGCGACUGCGGCUUUGAUCCUAUUGGUCUUUACCCGAAGGAAAAAUCGGAGCAAUUCGCUAUGCAGACCAAAGAACUGAAGAAUGGACGCCUUGCUAUGAUGGCCAAACACAGCUAUCUUGGUUUGGCAUAG